GGAACAAGCGUACAACUGUUUGUUCGUUCCAACUUUGUUAGUGGUGAAAAGUUGGAAAAUACCGAUAUCCUCGGAAUUCCACACACUAUUCCACUAUUGUUUGACUUACAGUAUUUCGUUCAUUUGUUUUAUAUAGAAGUUUCAGACCACUCGUUGAUUGGUUUCAGGGCUCGAAGUGCCAACGAGACAAUGUCAGAACAGACAACGGAAACAUCCGAAAGUGAGGAAAUCAUAAACGGAAAAAAUGUUGUUGCCGGAAAGUGCCCUAGCCUAGCUAGCAGAUUUCGUGGAUGUAUGCUUGGUUCCUUGAUAGGUGACUGCCUUGGUCAACCAUUUGAAGGGGAGGAGAGGCCAAUCUCGAAGUCAGUUCUAAAUUCAUAUUUUGAAAAAUUACAUGACUCCAACCUAAAAGCACCUUAUAAAGCCUAUACUGAUGACACAGCUAUGACAUUUUCCGUUGCUCAAUCAUUGAUCAACAAGAACAGAUUUGACCCUCAAGACAUGGCUAAAAAGUUUGUUGAUGAAUUUUAUGCUCAUCCUAGAAGAGGAUAUGCAAGUAGCAUGACAGAUGUGUUCAAAGCUCUCAAGAGAGAUGACUGCAAGGACCCUUACGGCCCUGGAAGACUGCUUUACGCAGGUCGAGGUUCAUAUGGAAACGGGUCGGCCAUGAGAAUUGCACCGAUAGCUCUCUUCUGUCACUCAAAUGCAGAGGAAGCCAUGCAUAUUGCAUACAAGUCAUCUUUGAUUACUCAUGCAAAUGAAUUAGGAUACAAUGGUGCCAUACUCCAGUGCUUGGCCAUUCAAAAAGCUCUGCAUUCUGAUAGCUCUGUUCCGUUAGAUGUGGAUCAGUUUGCACUCUAUCUACAAGAGAAGAUGGCCACAAUAGAAAAAAAUGAAGAACAGCCCAGCAUGCUUAACUCAUUUCUUCAUAACAGUAGCCAACCCCGGCGUACGACUAUCAACAUGACAAAAAGCUCCUACGUCCGUAAGCUGCAAGAAAUGCGCCAUUUACUGAAGAACCCAACAGUCAGUGCAGAAAAAGUUGUCGACGUUCUUGGUCAUUUUGUGUCAGCCUAUGGAUCAGUCUGCACAGCUAUUUACAGUUUUCUGCGCUCAGCCAAAGAUGAUUCGGCUAGUGCUGGUGGAUCCAGUGAAAGUCCGGUUCAAAGAGCCAUCCGUUACGCAAUCAGUUUAGGUGGAGACACAGAUACAAUUGCCAACAUGACAGGCGCACUUGCUGGUGCCUACUAUGGACACGAGGCUGUUCCUCCAGUUCUUCUUUCCCACUGUGAAGCCGAGGGAGUCGAGCAAGCGAUCGAAUUGGCCGAUUGUCUUUAUCAAGCAGUGGAGAAAUAGCUCAAUGACUUAAAACUAAAUUCAAACUCAACAGAAAAUAGGGUAAACAUUUGUGUAAUACCGACGUGGCUGGCAACCUACUUUAAUGCUGAUCACCAUUAAUCCACUGGUCGAAGGAUUCUUUGUUUCCAACAAACAAUUGUACAAAUACACGUAUGGUUUCCCUUUCCCUCAA